AUGUAUCACCACCUUCUAAGAACGCCCAUCCUCGCCUUCGUCAUUGCACUCGCCACACUGAUCGGGGCCGCGAGAUGUUCUCCCCUAGCCCCAAUUGCGCCCGACUCUGAUGUCGCCGACUCCAAGCAUAACGUCACCAUCAUCCCGUCCUUCAACGUCACCAAGUUCGCGGCCGCGGCUAUGGUCCUAAGCCACCGGAACUACUACAAGUUCUACGUCGCCUACGACUCGUCCGAGGCGCCGGUGCACUGCUGGGCGGUGGGGACGACGCUGGGCGAGGACUUGAGUAGCCUGCCGCAGACGAUGUGUGGAGACGCUGGCAACGACGACGACGGCUAUGACACUGGCGUGUCGUUCCAGUGGGUGCGGAAGCGCGACGGCUCGUCGGCACUGGUGGUUGCGCGCCAGAUCUCGGACAGUGUGCUGGACGAGGCCGUCUACAUUGUGCCGCGAAACGACACCCCCGUCCUGGGGCAGGGUAAGUUCCGCCACCAGGUGUACGCGGGGCCGGAGAAUUUCACGGUCAAGGCGCUCCGCUUCCAGUUCUACUAA